CUUUCGCUUUCCCGUGUUUCAGUCCACAGCAGCUAGCCAGCUACAGGAAGAGAGAGAAAGACAGAGUCGCAGACAGAGAGAGAGAGAGAGAGGGAUAGACAAAAACCCAACGACCAGCUUUCAUUCCACCAUUGACAAGCGUUCGAAAUACGAAAGAGAGACUCCGAGAUGCAUAUGCACUUAGAAAGACGAUAGACAAACGGAGAAAGAAGAUUCAUAUGCUUGGGAAAGAAGAAAAGAUCUUCGAAUUACUUUCCUUUAGUCUUCAUCUCUCCUUCGUGAAAGAUUCUUAGAAGAAUAUGACUAGAAGAACCGCUACUGGAGUUCGAUUAGUUAAAUGUCCCAAAUGCCUGGUAGUUCUUCAAGAGUCAGCUCCUCUGUAUAAGUGUGGUGGAUGUGACACUAUUCUGCAAGCAAAAAUUCACAAAGAUGGGAAAAGUGUAACCCCAGAAGAGCUUGAAAAGAAUCCUAUGCAGAAGAAUGGCCCUGAGGCUAACUUCGAAGAUAAAGAAUCGGCAAACUCUAGUAAAAAAACAACUCCUUGCAUGGGAGAAUCCCCUCCUAGGUUGAAGAGUAGGAAAGAAGAAAUUGAACCAGGGGAUUGCAAUGAGGUGUCACCUGGAAAUAGGAAAUAUCCAAAUGAACUUACCACAUCAAGUGACCUGGAUUUUUCAUUGCAGAAAGAAUCAUCACCAGAAGCUGGAGCAAAUAUUGAAGUCAAAAGAAACAAUAAGAACAGCUCUAACUUAAGAUGCCCAAGUCCUGACAGCCAACUAUCUUCUAAAGGGAGGAGCUCAACCUCGGCAAUUCAAAAGGUGUCAGAUGAGGGAAAUCCCUCAAAGCCCAAUUCCUUUCCUUCGAAUGAACAGGUGGAGCAAUCUCAGAAGAUUUCAGCCCAUGACUUCAACCACAUUACCCCAAGAGAUACAGUGGAAACUAUAGAGCCUAUUGACCAUGGUAUGACUUCUGAGGAGCUCAUUGGCACACUUCAAGGUAUUUCAAAAUCUCCAACCAGAAGCUCUUAUGCUUAUGAUGGUAGCGUAUCUUCUUAUGAUAACUGGGAUGAUAUGCUCUCUGUAGAUUUUUUGGGUACCAAAGACAGGGCUAUGAGAAAUAGUUCAAAAGUACAAUCUCAAGCUAGGGAAUUCUUUUCAAUGUCAUCAAGUGUUAGUGAACAUGGCCCCGCUUCGAUGGAGGGCCUUAAUAAAGAUAAUGAUGAAUUACAAGAGCCUAUUAGACAGGGCAUUCAGGCCCAAGGAAAUCUGAAGUCCCAGGGUGUUAAAGGCUUCCAUCCAGUACAACACUGGAGGAGAUCAGAAAAAGAUGGCUUCCUUUCUAGAAAGGCAUUCUAUACAAGGGGUUUGCCCACUUUUUAUGAAAAUGGUAGCUCUUCAAACUAUGGGCAUCAAAACUAUAAACACAGUUCAAGCUUGUAUUCAUCUGACAAGUUUGAGUAUUGUGAACAAAUGGAACUCCUAAGAAAAAUCGAUGAACUAAGAGAACAGUUUAAUAGACUGUACAACCAGAGAGGAAAGCUAAAGGGUAGGGUUAUUGCCAGAUGCAGCCAGGAAAAGCAAAGACCAUUGUAUUAUAAUUACAAAAAACCUGACUCAGAGACACUCCGGUUCUACGAUGGAAAAUAUUCUCAGUAUCCUUGUGGGGCAUACAUGCCAGUAAAUAGUGGGCACCAACAAUGUAAAUAUGUGCAAACGCCUUUUUCAGGACAGGCUACACAUUGUCAACACCAUGUUGAUUAUUCCUGUUUGCGUUGCUGCUCAGAAGACUGGCAAUGUCUGACACAGUUCCCUUCAGCCAGCUUGUGUUAUAACAAAGGACCAUGUGGAAGCCAUCCUGGUCUAAGAAGUUGCGACCCUUAUACCUCCACUUCUGCCAGCCCACAGCAGCACAAGGACUCCAAUUUCCACCCAUGUGGUUGUAAAACACUCUCCCAUGAGCAGAGGCUAGACCAUGAAGUGCAAAAAUCAUAUUUCAGGGAGAAACAUCAUUCAAACAAACGCCAUUGCCUGCCCAUUGGAGGUGGAGCCCCAUUUAUAACCUGCCACAGUUGCCGGGAACUAGUUCAUCUACCUGCAGAUUCUCUUGCACAAAAGAGAUGUCUUCGGUUACAGUGUGGUGCUUGUUCAAAUAUACUAUCAUUCUCACUUUUUAAGAGAGGUCAUAUCAUUCCUUACACUUCUAGUCAGAUGUUUUUUCCACCAAGUGAAGUUGGUAACAGUAAUGAUGCCACUGCUGGGAUGAAAGUGGCAUCUUCAUCUCAUUCUCGUGACUAUCCACCAGGGGAUCCAGUGUCCUAUUCUGAAGAGUAUGGACUCCCUUCUUGCAAAAGUUUUUCAACGGAUGGUGAACCUGCUUUCUUGCCACAUCGAUUGCCCAGACUUCAAAGUAAUACAGGUGUUAAAAUGGAUCCUUUGAGUAGUUGGCCUAAGACAGUGGAAGAGAGAAAUAACUCAGCCUUGAAAGAGCCUUGGAACAUGUUCAAGAAUUCAGGAGAAGCCUCUACGUCCUCCAGUCAGUACUCCAAUGCAAAAAAAUUGGAAAAGCUAUCCAUGGAAGUAGAAGUGGUACAAACUGCUUCGCCACUUCACCGGCUUAUGGGAUAUUCUUCACCAAGUGAAAUGAUUUAUGGGACUGCUGCUGUGUCAGACGCUUGUAGCGAUCCAGAAAGAAAGUUGCUAUCCAGGGUUUGACAGACGAUUGAUGUCCUAAGUGCAUAGAGGGAAAUCAUGUGCAAUUAUUCAAAAUUAUAUUGAAAGCAGUGAAAGGGGCUUUCAUCAAUUGAAAGAUUUGAGAAAAGAACCAUGAAAAAUGGAGGCAUGCCUUGAAAACUUGUGAGUGGAAGAGUUGUCCCUUCUGUCCAGAAAGUCCGGAACAAGCACAACCUGUUAUCCUUUCCUUCAUAAUAAGUGCAUUUUCCAUUGCUUUUAACAUCACUUUAUCUGAGCUUCUGUAAGGGAGACACUAUUCUUCUUGGUUCUCUUAGAUUUUCUUUUCCAUCCAUUUCUUAUACAAGUAGGAAAACAUUUUACUUGAUUUCUCCGAAACCUAUCUUAAUUCCCAUGUACAUACAUAUUCAACACUCAGCAUUCUUGUUAGUUUGUUUUAACUGUGUAUUCAUAGUCCAGUGGUGGAUAUGACAUGUGUAGAACAUAGUUUGCGACUU